UUGAGGUCGCCAGAAUUCCCGCCAAUAGACUCGUCCGACACCGACCGGAAGCGCGUGCUGCUCGGUCACGUCAUAUCCACCAAGGCGAUCUCACCCGUCGUCACAGACGACGCCAUGGACUACCCCAAGGGCUGGAAGUCAAAGUACCAGCUCUCGCCAAGGGUGGGCUACACCGAGGACGGGCGGACCAUCUGUCUGCACUCGCUGUGUGUGCAUCCGGACUUCUCGCGGAAGGGCCUGAGUUCGAUACUGUUGCAGAGCUACGUGCAAAGGAUCAGGGAUUCGGGAGUGGCCUCGCGGAUAGCACUGAUCUACAGAGAUCGGUAUAUACCCUUCUACGAAAAAGCGGGGUUCAAGAAGAUGGGGCCGAGCAAGUGUCAAUACGGUGGGGGGAACUGGGUGGACAUGGUGCUCGACUUUGAGGGUGGUGUGGAUGAUGGGUGGGACUACUAA